UUACGUCCCAUCCUCUUUUCCUAUACUCACUCCUACAUCUUCCAUCCCAUCAACGAAAAACAUACAUUAUCCUAACUUCAGGAUGAAACUCAACGGGUGAGAGAAAGAAAACAAAAACGAAAGAGAAGGCUAUUAUAUUAUCCUCAAACCAUUGCGGCUUUAGCUUUCUCUUCCUCCUAAUAUCAUCCUGCAUAUAUUGAUAUAUGUAUAUAUACAUGCAUGCUUAACCGGAUGCGAAAGCUUUGUCCGAAUUUGGACAAAGAAGAUGGGCUGGAGACGGUGCUUGAGGUGCCGAUACCGGAGGAAAUGUUGGGCUGCGGCCAGGGGCGGAUCUAGCAAUGCCAUUCAGGUGGGGCCAAAAUUUGCUUAAGUUUUUUUUCAAAAUUAUUUUGCUAGUAUUAAAAUAAAACUUAUUUACACAAACAUGAUUAAUGCUUACUACAAUGUAGUGUCAUGGUAACUUAAGUUUAAAAGUUAAACACAAAUUACUAUAAUUUCAUUACUACUCUAGUCAUUAGUCAUGUUUUUGUAAGCAAUCUUUAUUUCAGCCAUAUAUAUGUAGUUAUUUCUUUAAUUAAAUACUCCGUAACGUAUGUAUAUUGCAAAAAAAAUGUCAAAAUAUAGUAAAAUAGUACUAGUAAGUUAUUUAACAAAAGUUAAUUUCAAAUAUAAAAUAAUAUUUGUUGCAACAUAAAUGUGAAAGACAAAAAUAAAUGCUUCCACGAUUGUGAUUUUUGCACAAUCUAUAAACCUUACUUUGACCACGAUUUUCUACUAAUAUACAUAAUCAAAUUAUUAUGUAUAAAAUGUUUUUGAAUUCCUAUCAAUGUGAAUUUCCAAAAUAUCAACUUUUUAUAAUGUUUACUAAUACGUAAUUAAAUAUAAUUACAGUCAAAGUUGUGCAUUGGCAAACGUGAAAGUCAAGCUGUUACAAGAAUUAAAGAACGGAGGAUAGUAUAACAAUAAUAAGAAUUUUUGUCAAAUAUAAAAAACACAUCAAGCCCAUACAUAUUGAACUAAUUUUCACCUACCAAGUCCAAUUAAUUGAAAAAAACAUUGUUUAGGCUAAUAUUCAAAAGCGUUCACAAUAUCUAAUUGAGAUUGGUGUUAAGUUGGUAGUAGUUGAAGUUAGGAGAGUAAAUUUAAAUAUAUGUAUGUGAAGGGAGAAUUCUUUUAUUCUUCACGUGGGGGAAAAGAAAUUUUAAGAAAGAAAAUUGAAAUUCUUAAACAACAUAGCAAUAUUGCUCUCCCAUUGAAAGUAUACAAAAAUUACCCUACAUGGGCUUCGUUCCCAAUACCCUACACAAAAAAUUACCCUACAUGGGCUAGCUAGACGGUUUGACCAUCUUCCAUCUUACCAACACAACAAGUGAGUACAAAUUGGCUUUUUUUUUACUUAUACCAAACUUAACGACACAAUAUAUAAAAUUAUGCAGAUAUAUACUGGUAAUUUUUAUAUUUUUGAGUGUGGGCCUAGGCCCUCCCUGGCCCAUAGCUAGAUCCGCCUGCGGCAACACCGCCGUGGGCUGGAACAACCUCCGCCAUCGCAUGAAGGCUUACCAAAAGUCGUCGUCCUCUUCCCCGCCGUCGUCUGAUCACGAUGAAAAUCUUUUCCUGCUUAAGAUCGUGGGCUCCGCCUUAAUCCCUUUCAAGGCUCAAUCUGAUCGUGCCCUCACCAUGCCCGUCCGUGAUUGUUCCAUUGAAACAAUAGGAGGCUUCAACGGCAAGAUAUAUAGUGCAACAAUACCUAGCAGCAACAGGAGGCCUUGGCGUGUUGAAUUCAAUCAAGAAUAUGUACGCGGUGGGGGAGGUGAAGAUGACAACCUCGGACGUGCAAAAGGGCGGCGGUCAGCGGCGGCUGCAGGCUUCAAACACCGCCAUGCGCAACAAUUGUGAGGUUGGGGGGUUUGUGUUAUGGCAAAAGAACCCUGACCUGUGGUUCCUUGAAUUGGUCAUCUCCGGCUGCAAGAUCAGCGCCGGCAGUGAUGGCAAGGUUGCUUGGACUCAAUCCUCUUCCAACUCUAAUCCCUCCAAAGGCCCUCCCAGACCACUCCGAAUGUUUUUCCAGGGACUUGAUCCGAGAUCAACGGCAAACCUAUUCUUGAACGGGAUUUGCAUUGGGGAAAAGAAAGUAGGGGAAGAAGAGUGUUUCAUAGUGAAGGUGGAGACAAGUGCAGAAGUGUUGAAAGCACAAAGCACAUCCAACACGAACGCCGUUCACCACACAAUGUGGGGAAGUUUUAGCCAAAGAAGCGGUCUCCUCACCCAAUUUCAAGACACCAAGUUGGUAAGGCUGAAGACGACAUCCGGCGACGAUGAUGAUCGGAGCGUGUUCUGGGAAACAAACAUGGAAUCUGUGUUGGAAGACUAUAGAUAUGUCGAGGGAGUCAACAUUGCACAUGGAGGGAAGACUAUUGCUAUGAUAUAUAGGUAUGGGGAUGAUAAGAGCUAUAGGGCAAAGAUUGAGGAGACUUGGAGAAUUGAGGAGAUUGACUUUAAUAUUUGUGGUUUGUGUCGGGAUUCCUUUUUACCACCCGCAUACUAAGUCAAAUUGGUUGUAUAUGGGACUAAAAAGUCCGGAUAUGCUCACAUGGGAGUGUUUUUGUUCUUGUUCUUAAAUAGGACCAUAUUUCCGUAUUAUUCCUAUUUUACCCUUAAUUAUUUGUCCGCUCCACUUAAGUUCCAAGACCCUUGUUCCUUUUCUCUUUGUUUUCUAUUUGCUUCGCAGGUAAUGGUGCUCAACGACACCCAGGCAGCGGACGACAAAGUCAUGGACGAUGAUGGGAUGAUGAAUUGAAAGCAAUCGGAAAAUUCCAUGAACGGCGGUGAGGUGUUGCACACAGGAUGACUGCAAAAGUCCGACAUAACAGGUUCUCGGUUCAUCUUUUCGUCGCAGGAAUACCGGAAUAGAGCUCAGAGGUUAGAUCUCUAACGGUGGAGGUCGGAUCUAAUCUGGCGGUGGCCAAAUCUGCAAGACCGGCAGCUGGCUGCCAGGGGUGGCCAGAUCUGCUCAGAUCUACGGCGGCAGAAUAAUCUGCGGCGGCAACGGCCAGAUCCGUAGUGGCAGUGACCAGAUUUGCGCCGGCGACUAGUUCGGCAGUAGUUGCGGUGGCCGGCGGCGACUGGAGACCGGAGGCGGCAUGGUGUUUUGUCGGCUGUAGUAAGUUAACUUGAGGGUAUAUCUGCGCAGAUACAAAUAUUAACUCUUAUUUGGGUCUUGAGCGAUUGAACAAAACAUGCAAUAUUUUUUGUGAGUAAUGUA